GCGACAUGAGCAGCCGUAGGAGAGUGGUUCCUGAUUUAAUUUAUCACGGACGCGACAAGGUCUAUAAUAACUCAGAGCAGAACUCUGAGCAGAGUCACAGCUCGGAGAUCAGCUUUGCUCAGGGAGGUCGAAGCUCGGUACGGCGUCUGCUACAAUGCUCGGAGCAAUGAAGAGCAGAGCUGCGGGGACGUCGCUGCGUGGCUUGGCCACUCACUUCUCCACGGCGGCCAGCUGUCAGAGGCUGGCCGGCAAAGUCGCCGUGAUCACCGGCGCGGCCAGCGGCAUCGGCAAGGCGACGGCCGUCGAGUUCAUCCGGAACGGCGCCAAGGUCAUCCUGGCGGACAUCCAGGACGACGCGGGCCGCUCCGUGGCGGCCGAGCUGGGCCCGGGCGCGGAGUACACCCACUGCAACGUGACCGACGAGGCGCAGAUCGCCGCGGCGGUGGACCUCGCCGUGGCGCGCCACGGCCGGCUCGACGUCCUCUACAGCAACGCCGGCGUCUCCGGGUCCUCGGCGCCGGCGCCCCUGGCCGCCCUCGACCUCGCCGACUUCGACCGCGUCAUGGCGGCCAACGCGCGCUCCCUGGUGGCGGCCGUCAAGCACGCCGCGCGCGUCAUGGUGCCGCGGCGCAGCGGCUGCAUCCUCUGCACGGGGAGCACCACCGGGAUGAUGGGCGGGGUCGCCGCGCUCCCCUACAGCCUCUCGAAGGCGACGGUGGCGAGCGUGGUGCGGCUGGUGGCGGAGGAGCUGGCGCGCGACGGCGUGCGCGUCAACACCAUCUCGCCGCACGCCAUCGCGACGCCGCUGCUGGUCCGGUCGCUGGCGAGGGCGCACCCGGGCGUCAGCGACGAGGCGCUGAAGCGGAUGGUGGAGAGGGGCAUGAGCGAGCUCCAUGGGGCGGUGCUGGAGCCGGAGGACGUGGCGAGGGCUGCCGUCUACCUGGCGUCCGACGAGGCCAAGUAUGUCACUGGCCAUAACCUAGUGGUGGACGGCGGUUUCACGGUCGGGAAGCCGAUCAAUGUGCACGCGGCAAGCUGAUCGAGCUAGUUCCAACAUUUUGCAAGUUGAUUCUCUUCUAUGAAUAUAUCAUAUGCAUGCUCGCGCGUAUUAAAAAAAUAUUAUCUUAUCUUUUCCAUUUUAUGUGCAAACAACCUGCAUGUGAAAUUUUUUUGUUGAGGGAAGCCUGCAUGUGAAUUAAGUUCAAGGUGGGCAAGUUGAUUCUCCACUGAAGGCAAAAUGAAAAUAAAACCUGUUGGAGUAUA